AUACCCUUUGACUUUACUUCCAUAGGAGACAAGUCCUUGUUCAUUCGCGCACUGCUCUAUCUACGCGCCAAUGAGCUUCGUAUCUUGAUCUAUAGACCUGCGCUUCAUUCAGCUGCUUCAAUCCAGAAGAACCCUCUGAGUGCGCGCACUGCCGUCAACGUUGCACGGCGCUCACUCAACUUAUUACUGUAUCUCUGUCGCCCGUCAACCCUUCAUCCUAUGCAUCACGUCUGCGCGAACCAUUUCCUGGCUUCUUCACUUACUGUCUUGUUCCUC